UUCACCAUUUGCCAUUUCAAUGACCCGGUGACAUAUUCCUCAGAGGCAUUUUUAGAGUGCAACCUCAAUGCUCUUAACCCCAAUUUUGUGGCUCUUCUUUGCGGCAUGGUGGCUGUUGCUGGCCUCAGGGAUGGUGCUGAAGGGGCAGGGUCCAUCAAUCCCUUCAUCAAAGGUCUCUUCUCAGGGAAAGCCACUGCCACACAGGCCCAUCCCAAGAGUGAGGACAUGAUCAUUGUGGCCCAACAACCUGUCAAACCCAUGUGUGCUCCUUCCACCUGCCUGAAGAAUACCAUUCAUUGUAUGCCACUGGCAUGA